CCGCCUGAGCCUCUCGCCAUUUGGCGCAACCAAAGAGCCAAGCGUGGCUGGCGGAGCUCAAACUUGACCCCCUUGCGGGGGGGGGGCACCUGGCAGCCCUCCAGGCCGCGUCGUCGUCCAAUGGAACCGGAAGAGAGCUUCCCAGCACCGGGAGAGGCGGGGCCGCCGGGCCAGGAGCAACAGCCGGAGCCGGGCCAGGGCACAGCGCGCGCCCGGCCGGACAAAGGGAGCGCACGGCUGGCCGAAGGGGGCGCCGCUCGGGCCGGGAGGGAGCGCCCCGAGGACGCCGCCGAGUUUCAACAUACGAGCACAAACCAGCGGUACAAAAAUAGGCUGACUUCAGGAGCUCGCUGGCUUCUGCUCUCCCUGGGGGGCACGCAAGUCUUAAGCAGCGCCAGGGAAGGCGUGAGUGAACAUGAAGCUGAACGAGAGGAGUUUGGCUUUCUACGCCACUUGCGACUCCCCCACCGACAACGCUGGCUUCCUCUACAAGAAGGGCGAGCGGAACACAGCCUAUCACCGGCGCUGGUUUGUGCUGAAGGGGAACAUGCUCUUCUACUUUGAGGACCGGGAGAGCCGGGAGCCCGUGGGGGUCAUCAUCCUGGAGGGCUGCACGGUGGAGCUGUGCGAGUCGACCGAGGAGUUUGCCUUUGCCAUCCGGUUUGACUGUGCCAAGUCCCGCACCUACGUCCUGGCGGCAGAGAGCCAGGCCGCUAUGGAAGGCUGGGUCAAGUCCCUCUCGCGGGCCAGCUUCGACUACCUGCGCCUGGUGGUGAGGGAACUGGAGAAGCAGCUGGAGGAGAUGCAGAGGGGCCUCUCCAGCUGCCACCGCGUCCAGCGGAGGAUGCCGCUUUACCGGAAGAACAAAACGGCACCCAAUUUGGGGCUGGUGGCUUUAGGCCCAGACAUGCCGCAGGAGAAGCCAACAGUCCCGAUUUGUGUCCCGGUGAAAGAAAACGGCUGUGCGCUCUGGAACAAUUCCGAAGGCCCAACCAGCCUGCUGGCGGGAUUCCCCCAAGCUGAUCCAUGGGGCCCAAGAACCGGUGGGGACAACAGCUCCGAGGGGGGGCUCAAGCCACCACUGUUGCCCCCUCGGAGAAGGGCCCUGUCUGGCAAUUCAUGUGGCCCCGGAGGCCCCGGCUUUGACGGUCCUGUGUAUCCAAGCAUGGCUUGUUUCUCCAGACUGCAUGACCGGUACGGCAGGGAGAUACGGGAACUGCGAAGGGCGUGGCUGGUGGGGCAAGAGGAUGGCAGUCUGUGAGCAGACUCUCCAGUGGAGGGGGUGCCGUUGGAAAUGCUGAGCCGGGCUUUGUGGGAGGAAUGGAGGCAUCAGCUGCUCUGAGUCAUUGUCAGCUCCUGGAACCUUUGCUCACUGCUUACUAGUCACCCAUGCCGGCCUCCCGCCCAGUUCUUGGGGAAAGCUCCAACUUGGGGCCAGUUCAGAUCUUCCCGUUGCCGCCCUCCCCCUAGCCCUCCAGUUCCUUGCCAUCCUUUUGUGCCUGGAAAGGCCCAGCUUGAUGUGAUCACUGCCGGCCUUCAGCUUGUUAAAAAUAAAAAGGGCCUACCUUUACAAACCCGUCGCUGCCUGCACCAUCCAGGGCAGACAGUAGCCAGGCAGGCCAAGUGCCCGCCUCUGCACUCUUGGAGGCUUUGACGCUUCUUGCACCGGUCCUCUCAUCGCCGGCAACAGUUUCUUCAAUGGAGCUGGCUGCCUGCUGAUGUCUACCCACCACCAAACUCUUCCAAAGUCACCAGCUGAGCACAGGGUGGCCUUUUUUUUCUACUCCUGGGGGUGGGAAAACAUGUUUACUGUGCCGAAGUUGGGAUCAGAAUCUUCCUAACCUGGUCAGUUUGGCUCGGCUCGCCACCGGAGCUUUGAAGGGAAGCAGAGAUCCCUCCUGGUUCUGAAAUCAUGAUGGAACUAAGUUGCAAAAAAGAAAAGAAAAGGCCACCAUCGUUUCACAUGCUGUCACCUGGACUUCUGCCGUGGUGCAUUAAUGCAGAGUUGGGUGUUGGGAGUCCCAGUUUAUGCAUGGGAUGGCCAACUGUAUCGUUGGUUAAAGGUGAAGGUAACAAGCGUGGAUAUGGAGGCUGGAAGAGAGGAAGAAGGCUGGGGUGUCCAAAGAGGCCCCCAGAGACCACUGUUUUUGCACACUCCUCCGGGCAACUUAAUUCACUCUCACCAUUGAAUGGAACUGGUUUGGGUUAAGAGCACGUCGACACUACAUCUGUAAAUUUAAUGCUCAACCUUUUGCCUCCCCCUCACCCCACCCUAGGACUUUGGGGGAAAAGCAUCCACUAAGAGUCUGAAUAAAGGGCAGCUGUCACAUUU